UUGAAACAAAAUUCAAAAAAUAUCCAAAAAUUAAUUGAAAACGAACAGGAUUAUUGGAAUAUUUGCCAUCUUCCACAAUAUGAUGCAUGGGAUGAUGAAAUUAUGAAGGUUGGUUUCAAAAUUAAAAAAUUCUUCAGAUUUUUUUUGAUUUCCAAAUAUUUUACUUUCAGUUCAUUGAUCCCGAUUCGAAUUCGAUUGGAAAAAAAUGCGACAAGAACUUCAGAAUUUUAACCGAACUCAAGAAUUCUACUUGGUCUUCUUCUUCUUCUUCAAAAAAAGAAAAAUGUCGAGCAAGAUGUCAUAGAUUCAAAUCAGAAUCGGAGAAUUCAGUAGAUGAUUGGACUAAUAAAACAGGCCCGAUUGAUUGUGAAAUAUUGGAAACUGUUUGUUCGAAUGAAAAUGAUACGGAUAUUUAUGGAUGGUUGCAUAGUCAGAUUAUUGAAACGUAAGUUAUCGCUGAAAAUCAAGGAUUUCAUGAUUUUCAGCACAAAAUUUCAGUCUAGAAAAGUAUAUCUUAAAAAUCCCUCAAAAAACCUUUCUUGGCUGAAAUUUUGCGCUGAAAAUCAUGAAAGCCUCGAUUUUCAGUGAAUCUAUGAUUUUCAGCACAAAAUUUGAGUCUAGAAAAUGUUAUCCAAAAAUUGUUGGAAUUUUUUUUUGAAAUUUUUGGAUUUUUUUUUUUUUGAAAAUUUUGGAAUUUUUUUUUUGGAUAACAUUUUCUAGGCUGAAAUUUUGUGCUGAAAAUCAUGAAAGCUUUGAUUUUCAGCGAUUUUCAGUGAAUCUAUGAUUUUCAGCGCAAAAUUUCAAUCUAGAAAAUAAUAUCCAAAAAAAAAAUUUCAAAAAAAAUUUUUUUUUUUUUUCUAGACUGAAAUUUAGCGCUGAAAAUCAUGGAUUCACUGAAAAUUGCUGAAAAUCAAGGCUUUCAUGAUUUUCAGCGCAAAAUUUCAAUCUAGAAAAUAAUAUCCAAAAAAAAAUUUCAAAAAAAAAUUUUUUUUUUUCUAGACUGAAAUUUAGCGCUGAAAAUCAUAGAUUCACUGAAAAUUGCUGAAAAUCAAGGCUUUCAUGAUUUUCAGCACAAAAUUUCAGCCAAGAAAGGUUUCAUUGAAAUUUGAGGGAUUUUUCAGUGAUCUAUGAAAACUUUUGUAAAAAAAGCUUUCUUGGCUGAAAUUUUGUGCUGAAAAUCAUGAAAUCCUUGAUUUCCAGCGAUUUUUCAGCCAAGAUUGAAAUUUGAGGGAUUUUUCAGUGAUCUACUAACAAAAUUUGGAAUUUUUUUGGAUCGAGCGGCUUAGCCGCGAGUGUAACCCGCAAGCUUCCGCGAAGCGGCACUAUCUUCCGCUUCAGCGGCAAGGUUCGCGGAAUCUUCCGACUGAAAAAUCCCUCAGGCUGAAAUUUUGUGCUGAAAAUCAUGAAAUCCUUGAUUUUCAGCCCAUUGAAACCACCAAAAAUCAAUAUUUCUGGAUUAAAACAAUUCGACAUAGUUGUAAUAUUGAUUGAUUCAUUAUCAUAUACACAAUCAAUUCGAUCAUUACCAAGAACUCUUUCAUAUUUCAAAAAUCAUUUCAAAGCUGUCGAAUUUCCAUUUAUGAAUAAAAUCGGUGAAAAUAGUCGACCAAAUGGUGCUGCUUUAUGGUUCGGAAAAUCGAUAUUGAAAUUAGAUCGAAGUUUUUUCCAAGAAGAAGAAUCAAUUAUUGAAGAAGAAGAUUGGAAUGAUGAAUAUUUUUGCGAUGUUUUUAAAGACAACGAAACUCAUUUAUUCAAAGAAUUCCAGGAAUAUGGUUAUAAAACAAUGUUGGCUGAAGAUUGGGCUGGUGGAAUUAUGACUUAUCCGAAUUGCAGGGGAUUUAAACAGCCACCAAGUGAUCAUUAUAUGAAACCAUUUCAAAAUGCCUAUGAAAAAUAUGCAGAAAAUUUGACGAGGAAACAUUUUUGUCGAGAACAUCAUCAGACACUUUUAGAUUAUCUCCAACAAUUUCAGAAUUCUUAUUCAGGUUUUCAAAAAAAUAUUCCAAAAUUCAGUUGGAUUUGGGCUAUUGAACUUGGACAUGAUUAUCAGAAUUCAAUUUUCCAUGCAGAUGGGGAUUUUCAUAGAUAUUUGAUACGGAAUCGUGAAAAACUCGAGAAAUCUUUUGUUUUUUUGAUGGCUGAUCAUGGAAUGAGAUUUGGAGGAAUUUUGGAAACGAAAUUGGGAGGAAUUGAGAAAAAUAAUCCGAUGACUGUGAUUUCGAUUCCGAAAAGAAUUACGAGAAACUACAGAGAUUUUGAAAAUUAUGCGGGAGAAUUCGAGAUAUUUGCAAACACAUUAUGAUACGAGAGCAACGUUUUUGGAUAUUUUGAAGGUAUUUUUCAAUGAAUUUUGUGCUGAAAAUCAUGAAAGCCUUGGUUUUCAGCGAUUUUCAGUAAAUCUAUGAGUUUCAGCGCGAAAUUUGGGUAUAGAAAAUGUUAUCGAAAAAAAAAUUCCAAAAAUUUCAAAAAAAAAAAAUUCCAAAAAUUUUUUUAUGACAUUUUCUAGACUGAAAUUUUGUGCUGAAAAUCAUGAAAGCCUUGAUUUUCAGCGAUUUUGGGUGAGUCCAUGAUUUUCAGCACAAAAUUUCAGUCUAGAAAAUGUUAUUCAAAAAAAGUUCCGAAUUUCGAAGAUCACUGAAAAUCCCUCAAAUUUCAAUGAAACCUUUCUUGGCUGAAAUUUUGUGCUGAAAAUCAUGAAAGCCUUGAUUUUCAGCGAUUUUCAGUGAAUCCAUGAUUUUUCAGCGCAAAAUUUGAGUCUAGAAAAUGUUAUCCAAAAAAAAUUCCAAAAAUUAAAAAAAAAUUCCAAAAAUUUCUAAAAAAAAAAAAAAUUCCAAAAAUUUUUGGAUAACAUUUUCUAGACUGAAAUUUUGUGCUGAAAAUCAUGAAAUCCUUGACUUUCAGCGAUUUUCAGUGAAUCUAUGAUUUUCAGCAUAAAAUUUCAGUCUAGAAAAUUUUAUCCAAAAAAAAUUCCAAAUUUUGUAGAUCUCUCAAAAAUCUCUCAAAUUUCAAUGAAACCUUUCUUGACUGAAAUUUUGUGCUGAAAAUCAUGAAAUCCUUGAUUUUCAGCAAUUUUCAGUGAAUCUAUGAUUUUCAGCACAAAAUUUCAGUUUAGAAAAUCUUACAGUACCAAUCAAAAUCUGGAUUUUCUCAAACUCAACCGCUAAACAUUCCCGGUGAAAAAGGAAAUUCACUUCUUCGACACCAGCCGAAAACUUUUCGAAAUUGUCAAACUUUGCCUAUUCCUACAGAAUUUUGUAUCUGUCAAUUUGAAACUUUCAAAGCAGACAAGCAAGUUUUUUUUGAUUCUCAGUAGAAAAUCAGUAGAAAAUCAAAAUCUUAAAAUUUUCAGCACCACAAAAUUUGCUAGAAAUAUUGGAUCAAAAGUGAUUGAAGCGGUCAAUUUGAAAUUGAAUGAAAGCGGGUUUUCUGGAAAAUGUAUUGAAAUGCUAUUUGAAAAUGUGAGUUUUUAGAAAAAAAAAAUUUCAAAAAAAAAAUCCUAAUUUUUAAAGGUGACAUCUUUAAUUCAAUAUAAAAAUCAAUACAAAACCUCAAUAUUAUAUACAGUAACAGUUUUGGCGAAAAAACCAAGUGAAGCGAUUUUUGAGGCAAAUAUUAAGGUGAAUUCAGAUAUUAUAAAAAUAUUAGGAAUGAUUGAACGAGUUUCGAAAUAUGGAAAAAGUGCAGAUUGUAUCGAAUCGGAAAUACAUCGACCAUAUUGUUAUUGUCGGAAACAGUAA